AUGGGUGCCAAUUCCCUCAAACGGCGCCGCUCCCAGGCCCCAACCAAAGAACCCGAGAACUCCGGCGGAGCAGGAACAGAAGCAUCUGGCAAACCCGCCAAGCGCGCCCGUUCCAGCGCCGACUUCCAGCUCCUCAAACUCUACAGCGACCUGGCUGCGGAAUCGGACGAGACGCGUCUCGUCGCCGCCAAGCAAAUCGUUGUGCACUUUUCGCCCGAGAAUCAGCCGUCGAAGGAGUCGGUGGAGAAGGCGCUGGAUAAGUUGAUCCGGGGGCUCUGUAGUAGUAGGAAAGCGGCACGGUAUGGGUUUUUUGUGACGUUGACGGAGUUGCUGGGGAUGUGGUUUCGAGGGCAGGGGAACGGGUUGGAGGUGGGUGUUGAGGGGUUGAUUGGGUGGGUGGUCGAGAAGACGAAGGUGGAGGGGAAUGUUUUGGGUCAGGAUCGAAGGGACCACUCUAUCGGGAGGUUGUUUGGGUUCAAGGCGAUUAUGCAGUCGAAGAUCUUGAUCGAGCCUGAACUGCACUUGGAUGCCUGGAAGAAGGUGCUCGACCACAUCUACACAAUGGCUCGGGAUAUCCCCUGGCUGCGUGAAGAAUGCGGGCUGGUGGUUGUGGAUGCCGUCAAGAGUUUAGGUUCUCAAGCUUCGUUCAGGGAUUGUGCGCGCGAAGGGAUCGAGCGACUCAUUUCCUUCAAUCUAGCGAAGACUCCUGAAGGAGUUGCUAUAUGGCUCACGGUGAAGGCCCAGUUCGAGGAUGUCCUACCAGAGAAUGUCUGGAAUGAUAAGGAUCCCUUAUCGAAAUCGGAACGGACCCAGUUGGCCAGAAUUCUCAAGGAGGACUUCCGCAGCGCCACGGAGAACGGGAAGAACGGAAAUAUCAAAUCCGGUUCCGCGAAUCCCAACCCGAUAUUUGCUUGGGACCUGGUUCUGAGUGAGACGCUCAGAAGAGACCUUGCAAAGAGCCAGUCUAAACAUGGUGCUAAGUCGGAGUUCCCCCAGUUCUGGCUAGACACUGUCGAUAACAACCUCUUCUCGUCGACUGCUUCGCAUGUGCGAAAGUCCUGGGGCUUCAAACUGUUCGCCACUUUGAUAAAGGCCAUUGCGGAAGAUCAAAUCCCCGCACUCUUUAGCCCCAACCUGAUGCGAAGUCUCAUUAACCAGAGCAAGAAGGAAGACAGGCUAUUGCAUGCCGCCGCAUUAUCCGCCCACAAAGCAAUGGUAGCCAGAGUACAGCAAACGCCGACCUCUGCUUUGCCGAUCGUGGUGGCAUUGACCGGGAAGAGCGGCGCAGUCGACAUUGACAGAACAACGAAGACCAAGACACUGCAGACCGUCAUAUUGUCUGCAGACGAUGACACACUACGGAAGAUUGUCCGACAUUUGCGAACCUUGAUUCUGCGGCCGGAUACCCAGGAGCAAGCAAUUGCCGACUCGCGCCGUCAAUGCAUCGCAGACAUACUACUGACCAUUGUGAGGGAAUAUCCACGGUAUGGGCCUGACUUCGUAAGCGGAGAGGAGCAUGACAAUUGGCUUCGCAAUAUCCUAGAGGUUCUUGUGGAGCAUGCAUACUUCAUUCCCCGCUCGGAUGCAAAGACCAGCAAGGUGCCUCUACCCGCCGUCAGUGAGUCCACGAGGAAGGUAUUUCAAGAGCGGGUGUCUUCUUGUCUGACGAGACUGUUGGGACUGGAGUCGGAAUCCCGUGCCUCCUUUGCCUUGAUGACCGUGGGCAUGAUCCGCGAAAAGGCCUCGUCGUCAAAGGCGCUCGAGCUUGUGUUCAAGGCCGACAAGCCUAUAUUGAAGAAUAUAGACAAGGCUUUCAAGACAGUGGAUACGCUCAGGGCAAAGGGUUCGAUUUCAGGACGCAAGGCCGCGGCUGAAGGUCUUAUUCUCCUCUACUCCCUUGCUCUCCUCCAGGUCUACGAAGGAAAUGGCGAUGCAGUGUUACUGCUAGACGACCUUGAUUCGUCAUACAAAGCUUUGUCGAAGAAAAAAGACGAAUCGUCUUCCAAGCCAGAGGGACAGGACCCCUUUGUGGAGAUUUUAUUGACCUUCCUCGGAAACCCACGCACGCUGUUCAAGAAGAUUGCAGAGGAAGCUUUUGCGAUAUUUGCCUCUGAUCUUAGAGAAGACGGGCUAAGAUCCUUGACCGACAUACUUGAUACGCCUGAAAAUCUUGAAGGACAGAAUCAGCUCUUCAAUCAGGGCGGGGAGGAGGAGGAAGCCGGCUCCGACGCUGAAAUGGAGGACGUAGAAGAAGCGUCGGAUGUGGAAAUGGUUGAUGGAAAAUUAGUGAGGUCUGGCGAAGCUGAUGGAGAGGCAUCUGACGUGGGAUCCGAUGAUGGUUCCGACGAAGAAGCGGAAACCACUUCCACCGACUCCGACUCUGACGACUCUGACGACUCUGAUGUUGAUGACAGAGACGACGAAGAGCUAGCACGAUUUGACGACCUCUUGGCGCAAACACUCAAGACCUCCAAGCCUACCCUGGAUGGCGGAGCCUCAGAUGACACUUCCGACGAGGACAUGGACGACGAGCAGAUGAUGGCUCUGGAUCCCCACCUGACUAAGAUUUUCCAAGAAAGGAGGAAGAUCACCAGCAAGAAGGGCGAGCGCAAAGAUGCCAAACAGACAGUCGUCCAGUUCAAGUCACGUGUUCUGGACCUACUAGCCAUCUUCAUGGAGAAGCAGUACUCGAAUCCCCUCACCCUCACCGUCAUUCUGCCUCUACUAAGGAGGAUCCGAGCAGGAGGCAACAAGCAACUAAUGAACAAGAGCUACGGCAUCCUCAAAACCUACACCACCGCACGAUCCCAUCACAAAGCUCCCUCGCAAUCAAUAGACAAGAGCUCCGGCAUCCUCAAAACCGACACAGCCGCACGAUCACAUCACAAAGCCCCCUUGCCGAAGCCAGAAAACGUCGACGAGGCCUGGGAGAUCCUCCAAGCUGUUCACGACGAGGCGAAGCUCGGAGGCGAAGCCACGCUGCAUGUGAAUGCGUGUGCCUCAGCAUCCAUCCACAUUGCGAAGGUUCUGGUCGGUCUGGACAGGGAGAAUUAUGCUAAGGUGGUGGAUGUGUAUGCUGAGACGCAGAAGGAGUGGUUUGCGGAGAAGACUCGGGUUCAGCCGGUGCUGUUUACGCAGUUUCUCAACUGGUCGAUAUCCUUGAAGCGGGGCAAUUGA